CCUGGAGCUCACCUGGUAGACCAGGCUGACCUUGAACUCAGAGAUUCACUUGCCUCUGCCUCUCGAGUGCUCACAUUAAAGGCAAGCACCAGCACUGCCCAGCUCACAAAUCCUUUAAAGCACAGAUUUCCCUCUAUAGCCAGAGAAAUAGAUGAACUAUAACCUUCUGCCUCAUUUCACCAGUAACUCAUUUAUUAAAAAGCGAUGCAAUAGUUAAUUGUUACUUUGACACACCUCAUUUUCUUUCUCUCUCAAAGAAAAAUGAAACGCUAAUAGACUAAUAUACAGCUUCAACUUUUUGGGAAACAUGCAACUUCUAGAACAACUUUGAAAUAUAAUUGGUUUCUUUGUUUUCAUGCAUUAAAAACAAGGAGGAAAGGCUGAAGCCUGCCCAAGCCAGGUGUUUCUUGUUGGCAGCCUGCUCCCUAAUGACUGCGCUCAUAGAGCAGCUGCCUACUAGUCAGCUUUCUAUGGCCCAUUGUUGCCACAUACCCCUCGGUUAAUGCACAUGCUGCCCGGGGCCGACCCAAGAAUGACAUCAACUUGCUUAUCUUAGAAACCUACCAACCUGACGCAGGGUGCUGAGGUUGUCUUGCAUCUGCCUGCCUGACUAAUUGUGAGCUUUCUGGCCUGUGAUUGGCUGUCGUGCCACUCGGUAAUAGGUUAAGCAAAGACACUGCCAUUCCAUCUGUUCAGCCACUCAUUGUUCCUCUUGCCUGCCUGCAAGUCUGCAGCUAAAACUGUGUUGCGCCUGCUGAAGCUGCCACAGAAACCAAUGUCUUUGUAUUUUCCUGCUAACGAAUACGGGGUGCUUUGCAUUCAAGAAUACAGGAAGAGCAGCAAAGUGGAGUCAGGUGCACGGAACAGCUUCAUGGGCUUAAAGGAUCACCUGGGGCAUGACCUUGGCCACCUUUAUAUGGAGAGCACUGACCCACAGGUAAGUGCAGCUGUGCCUUGGCCUAUGGGAGAGAAGCCAACAAUGGAUACAGCAACGGGAGAAAAAGAGGUGUCUGAGGAGAAUGUGAGCUCUGGUGACUCUGAAGAGAGCACGAGUUCUGAGCAUGAGUCAGAACAACGGCGGAGCCUUUCAGCAGAGCCGGGCUUAUUGCCCAAGACUCACAGACAGUUGUGUCGGUCUCCCUGCCUGGAGCCUCACCCACUCAAACACAGUGACAUUUUGCAAGACUUUAAACCAGAAGAGUCCCAGCCUCCAUCCGGGGAAGUGAAGAAACCUCCUGAUGUGGUCCGAGAAUACCAAACAAAGCUGGAGUUUGCACUUAAGUUAGGUUAUUCCGAAGAACAGGUUCAGCUCGUGCUAAACAAGCUUGGUACUGAUGCUUUAAUCAACGAUAUACUGGGAGAACUUGUCAAACUUGGAAAUAAGAGUGAAGCUGACCAGUCAGUCAGUACUGUUAACAGUGUAAUGCGAGAAACCUCAUCCCUGGAAUCUCAGAGGUCUGAAUCUCCAAUGCAAGAGGUUGUGACAGAUGAUGGUGAAAAUCUGAGACCAGUGGUGAUUGAUGGCAGCAACGUGGCAAUGAGCCAUGGAAACAAAGAAGUGUUCUCCUGCCGAGGAAUAAAAUUGGCAGUGGAUUGGUUUUUGGAAAGAGGCCACAAAGAUAUUACAGUUUUUGUUCCUGCUUGGAGAAAAGAGCAAUCUCGCCCCGACGCCCUUAUUACAGAUCAGGAAAUUUUACGGAAGCUGGAGAAGGAGAAAAUCCUGGUAUUCACGCCGUCGCGGCGCGUCCAGGGCAGGCGAGUAGUGUGCUACGACGACCGGUUCAUCGUGAAGCUGGCUUUUGAGUCUGAUGGCGUCAUUGUGUCCAAUGAUAACUACCGAGACUUGGCAAAUGAGAAACCGGAAUGGAAGAAGUUCAUAGACGAGCGGUUAUUGAUGUAUUCCUUUGUCAAUGACAAGUUCAUGCCCCCUGAUGACCCUCUUGGCAGACACGGCCCAAGUCUGGAUAACUUUCUGAGGAAAAAACCCAUUGUCCCUGAGCACAAAAAGCAGCCUUGUCCAUAUGGGAAGAAGUGUACCUACGGACACAAGUGCAAAUACUACCACCCAGAAAGGGGCAGCCAGCCUCAGCGCUCAGUGGCUGAUGAACUUCGUGCCAUGUCUAGAAACACAGCAGCCAAAACUACAAAUGAAGGAGGACUGGUGAAAAGCAACAGUGUUCCUUGCAGCACCAAGGCUGACAGCACCUCGGACGUUAAACGAGGUGCUCCAAAGAGGCAGUCAGACCCAAGCAUAAGGACUCACGUCUACCAAGACGUAGAGGAAAAGCUUCCCACCAAAAACAAAUUGGAAACCAGGUCUGUACCUUCCUUAGUUAGCAUCCCGGCCACUUCUACUGCAAAACCCCAAAGCACUACAUCUUUAAGCAAUGGCCUUCCAUCUGGAGUUCAUUUCCCACCUCAGGAUCAAAGACCACAGGGACAAUACCCUCCAAUGAUGAUGGCAACCAAAAAUCAUGGAACGCCAAUGCCUUAUGAACAGUAUCCAAAAUGUGACUCCCCUGUUGACGUUGGGUAUUAUUCCAUGUUGAAUGCAUAUUCAAAUCUGAGUAUCUCAGGCCCCCGAAGUCCUGAAAGGCGUUUCUCAUUAGACACUGAUUAUAGAGUAAAUUCUGUAGCUUCAGACUGCAGCAGUGAAGGGAGCAUGAGCUGUGGGAGCAGCGACUCCUAUGUGGGGUACAAUGACCGGCCCUAUGUCAGCUCCCCUGACCCGCAGCUGGAAGAGAGUCUGAAGGGUCAGCACAUGCACCCUCAUGGCCGCCUUAAUUCCCAGCCCUUCCUGCAGAAUUUACACGAUCCUCUAACCAGAGUGCAGAGCUACAGUCACGAAGAACCAAAGUUCCAUCACAAGCGUCCUCUCCCUCACUUGGCUAUGCAUCUGCAGCACCCCGCUGUGGGCGCCCGGUCCAGCUGUCCUGGAGAUUACCCCUCUCCUCCAAGUUCAGCACAUGCUAAGGCACCACACCUAGGGAGGUCCUUAGUGGCCACGAGAAUAGACAGCAUUUCUGAUUCUCGCCUCUAUGAUAGCUCUCCUUCAAGACAGAGAAAGCCUUACUCUCGCCAGGAUGGCCUAGGAAGCUGGGACAGACCAAGCUAUGGUGUGGAUGCCUACGGCUAUCGGCAGACUUAUUCCUUACCCGACAAUUCCACACCCCCCUGCUAUGAGUCGAUCACCUUCCAGAGCCUGCCUGAGCAGCAGGAGCCCACCUGGCGAAUCCCGUACUGUGGGAUGCCGCAAGAUCCUCCGAGGUACCAGGACAACCGAGAGAAGAUCUAUGUCAAUUUGUGCAACAUCUUCCCCCCUGACCUUGUGAGGCUCGUCAUGAAGAGGAAUCCUCACAUGACAGAUGCCCAGCAGCUGGCCGCAGCCAUCUUAGUAGAGAAGUCACAGCUGGGUUAUUGAAAAGAUGAUGCAUCUUUGUGGUGUUGAGUAGUUUUUUGUUCAGCUCAGAUGCUGAGGGAGGUUUGCUACAAUAGCACACAUGAUCUCCUUCUCAGCGGGGAGGUUAUAUAGUAUCCAUUUAUGUGAAAUACUGCAUCAUGGAAUCUGUAUGGAACCCCACUUGGUGGACAUAUCACGGGAUUGCUUUACAUUCAAACUUUUUUUUUUUAACCUUUCCUUUUUAAAGCUAUACACUUGGCUGGAAAUUUCUCCAGUUUGAUUUAAUAGAUGUAUCUGUGAUCUUUGAUAUUCCUCUUUGGUGCAUCAGGGGUUUAUAUGCAGCACUUUUUAUCCUUGUUUCCUGUCUUAUUAACUUGGUGUUUGUCUGUCAACUGCAAGCAAUUGCAGUACCUUCAGGAUGUGGAGGUACUGGACUAGACCUAGCAAACUAUUUCCUCAAGCCAAGCUUAACUAGAAUCCUUUACAGCUUCCUAAGUUAUUUUUGUUUGGGGGAAGUGGGCUUCUUUGUGCUAUAAUCCUUAUUUAUAGGAACAAAGAUAUACUACAGCACUGACUUUAUAUUUUAAACAAAAUGCAGGUUAUCAGUUAUGUUAAAAUGGGUAAGAGUAUAUAUUAGAAUGAUUUCCAGUGUGGCACUUUUUAUUAUUUUAUUUUUGUUUGAAUAUUUCCUGUUAAUAAAAUUAGUUACUUUAAAUGGUCAUUUUAAAAGAAAGCAGAUGCAAUCAAUGGGAAAAAUGUUUCCAUUUUCUUUCUUUCU